AUGGUGGACAAGAAGUGGCUGUUAAGUCCUGGGCCACUGGAACCAACCCCGGGCAUGAACUGCAAAGACAGGUUACCUUCCAAGUGUUUCGCAAAGCACAAGAACAAGCUUCUCAAGUUCCCCACCACCCUGGACAGCUGGCGGUGGAUAUUUGUGAAAGAAGGGCUGGAUGACUUCAGGAGGGGAUGUCCACCUUGUGAAGAUCUGAUCACACGUGGCCCUAAGGAAGGCUUUCUUCCCAUGAUUGCUCACAGAGUUCUCAAACCUGCCCUCACAAAGAAUCAGAAAAAGCUGAUCCACAAAGCAGACCUGUUCUCCACACUGUCACCGGCCCAGCUAGCGCGGAAGGCAUUCGUAGAGGAUAUCGAAGACCACCUGACCGAGCAUCCCUUGGCUCUCUACCCAAGUCUGGAGAAAGAUCUACCUCCAGACCUCUUAUUAAAGGUGCUGGAAGUGCUCGAUCCUGACAAGAAGCUGAAGGACACAUGGGCUUAUUGUCAGAACACCAAGAAAAGAAUGAAGCCCCCCACAAAGCUUAGUGAGAAACUAAGUCUUAGUGAGAAGACUCCUGGGUCACAUCCAGACAAGUUGCCUCAUGAAGAAAGGAAGUCAAGCACAAAGGAUUUGCUCAAAAACCCUCCCCUUCAUAGAAAUGGAGACUUGGGCACUGAUGAAGAAUUCAUCAUGAAACAGUUUGACAUUGGCUAUGAAUGCAAACCAACCUAUGACAUGAGCCACACGAAGAAAGUAAACCAUGUUCCUUUGGAUCUAAAGUACAGAAUGGGGCUAGAUAAAAUGGAUGAUAUAAAAUUCUCCAUACAGUGGGAAAAUUGGGAGAGGAAACUCAAGACACCACAGAAUCCUUACAAACCCAACUGGGUGAAGAUGAGGUAUGGAGCAUGGUACCUGAAGCCCAAGUUGUGGAAAAAGCUAAUAAAUGAUGAACCUUUGAUUGAUCCCAAGGUCUUACAUGAGGCCCAAGAUGGGAGAUAUGGAAAGAAUUUUCCUGAACAGGAUAUUCUUGAAGAUCUUUAUGGAAAAAUUGCUUUUAAAGAUUUUAUUCUAGGCAAGGGCUAUAGGAUGCCAGGCUUCCUUGAGAAGUUGUUCACCAGGAAGGGGUGGAAACAUGAUUCUGUUAGGACUCCUAUACACCAAGUAAAAAUAAACUCAAAUGUAGAAGAAGAUGCACAUGAAGAUGUUUAAACAGUUUUCUACUUACUUGAUAUCUCUCUCAUUUUAACAUCAAGUAGAAUUCAUG